UUAAAAAACAUAACAACAAACAGACAUUUUUUGAAGAACAGCUUGUUAUCUCACCGGUGACACUAAUCCCAUGAUGUGCUCAGUGAGUGGUGUUACGUCAGUAAAGACGGUUGGAUCAGAUAGCUCAGGACAGGGAGCAUGGGAUGUGCUUGGUUAAUUUUUGACCUAACAGUCAGCUGACUUUCAGAGCCCCUGUAUAAAUGGGGAAAAAUGCUGUUAGACUGACUGCAGCAAAGGAGACAUUUAAGGCUGUAAAGAUGCGUGGUAUCUUUGGUAGUUGUGCCAUUGCAGCACUGCUGCUGGCUGCAGUCUUGGCAGACCACCACGGACCCCACGAACACCACCACCACGACCAUAACCACCAUGAUGAGGGUGAAAUGAGCUGCCACCGGCUUUCCCCUUCAAAUGCUGACUUUGGCUUUGCCCUCUACAAAAGUCUGGAAGCUAAGGCUGGUCCUGGAAAGAACAUCUUCUACUCGCCGCUGGGUAUCUCCACUGCCCUGUCCAUGUUGUCCACCGGGGCCCGAGCUGAAACCCACAGCCAGCUGUUCUCCAGCUUGGGCUACAGUGCUCACAGCCAGGCACAGGUUGAUGAGUCGUACAAGCAUCUCUUCCACAUGCUCAGCCACAGCCAGCAGGAACAGCAGCUGGAUGUCGGCAAUGUCGCUGUUGUCCGCACUGGCUUCAAUCCUCUGGAGAAGUUCUUGAAUGAUGUCAAACAGUCCUACUCUGGUGAAGUCCUCAAUGUCGACUUUAGUAAUUCCGCUGAGGCUGUUGCUGAGAUCAACAGAUUAAUUGCUGCUAAAACCCAGGACAAGAUUAAAGAUAUGUUGAAAGACCUGGAUCCUGAUACAGCCAUGGUGCUUAUCAACUAUGUGUACUUCAGAGGACAGUGGGAGAAACCCUUCGAUGGUAACUUGACACACAAGGCAGACUUCCAAGUGGAUGAGGCUACCAAAGUUCAGGUGGACAUGAUGAGGAGGACAGGUCGCUAUGAAGUGUAUCAGGAUGCUGACAACCACACUACCGUCAUCAUGCUGCCCUACAAGGGCAACACUUCCAUGAUGAUUGUGCUGCCUGAUGAGGGCAAGAUGAAGGAGGUGGAGGGCUACAUCAACAAGGAAUACAUCAAACACUGGCACGACUCACUCUUCAGGAGUUCUGUGCAACUGUUCAUGCCAAAAUUCUCCAUCUCUGCCGAAGCUUCUAUGGAUAACACCCUGAAAGAGUUGGGCAUAACCAACGCUUUUGCAAACAAUGCUGAUUUCUCUGGCAUAUCUACUGAGGUCCCACUCAAAGUCUCAAAGGUUUCCCACCAGGCUGUGCUGAGUGUGGAUGAAACAGGCACCGAGGCAGCAGCAGCCACCACCAUCGAGAUCAUGCCCAUGAGCAUGCCUGAACUUGUGAAACUCGACAGACCCUUCUUGGUCUUUAUCCUGGAGCACUCGACCAAGAGCAUCCUCUUCAUGGGCAAGAUCAACAACCCCACAGCCAUGUAAAGAGUCCAAGAAAACAAGUCCUGCGUCUACAUGCUGGAAUACAUUUUAGAGCUCUCAGGACACACCUGAAGGCCUCGUAGAGACGGAGGAGGAACAUUGAGGAUGAUGAAUAGAGGAUAGUUUAGUGGGAAGACAACAGAUUUAUUACCAUCAACUGAACCUGGUCAGGUGAAGCUAGCUGGCUUUUCUAAAUGUUACACUUCGCCUGAGACAUCUACCAGCACACUGAGCCAACAUGUUGUGUGCAUUAACUGUUUCAAUAUUGUUCAGUAUAAAGUGAAAUAAAGACUUGCCAUCAAGAACUGGCACCAUCAAAUCUUAA